AUGGAGCUUGCCGGCCUGAGCGUCGCCUGUGCCGUCUUCUCAUGUUUCGCCGAAGUCACCAAACGCCAGCCGAACGCGGAGGCUCGCGUCCUCGUGAUCAUCGGCCCAGGAAAUAAUGGGGGUGAUGGCUUGGUGGCUGCCCGCCACCUCCGCCUCUUUGGAGUUCAGGCAGACGUGGUCUGCCCGGUGGAGCCAAAAAAAGAGCUCUACAAGGACUUGUUGCAGCAGGCAAAGGAACACGAAGCACAGGUCUUCCGGGAGUUGCCAGAGGACGUCUCCGACUACCACCUCAUAAUCGAUGCGAUCUUUGGAUUCGGGUUCAAGGGGGCCCCCAGGGCCCCCUACGCCGCCAUCCUAGAAAGAAUACAAGCAGAGCAGAUCCCUGUAUUUGCAGUGGACGUCCCGUCGGGUUGGGAUGUUGACACAGGCAAGAGAGGAGAACUCAGGCUCUUCCCCGCAGCGCUCAUUUCUCUGACAGCCCCUAAAAAGUUUGCGCAGAACUUCAAGGGGAUCCAUUUUCUUGGAGGCCGCUUCCUUCCACAGUCCUUAAAGCAGAAAUACGGCCUCGUCCUCCCGGAUUACCAAGCCAGCUUUGCAUUUUUUCUUCAGGGACAGCCAGCAUCGUCCGCCUGUCGGACUCCCCAAGCCCUCAACCCUAAAGGCGCAAACCCACCCCAGGAUUCACAAAGCCUAGCAGAGCCCCUAUGCCUGCCACUGCACACCCCUAACCUGCAAACCCCAAACGAAAAGCCGGUGGGCCUUAGGAAGUGCCUUGUCAGCCCAAGCGACAUAAGGCGUGAAAGGCGUGCAGGGGUGGGCGCAUUAAAAGCUGAGGGGGCCCUCCGUGGAGGCGGUGCAAAAAGAACAACAUAG